CCAAUAUGAAGCAGAAACGUGCUCGAUACCGGCUGAGUUUACAUAAGUUGUAGAACAAGCUGUUUAUUGUUUUCUAAGUAUUCCUAAUUUUCAUAUAGAAAAAAUGUUAUUAGAAACGAGACGCACAAUUCUUCUGUUAAGUGCUUUAUUUGGCUUUGGCUACGCAAUAAUACCAGGACUGGAGACUAUUGCUAAAGUGGCAGAUAAUUUAAAUCCUCUAAAUCUUUUGUUUCAAAACAAGUGCAUUGAAAAUCUGGAUUGCUUCUGCACUGGCCCCCCUUUCUACGAUCCCAUAAAUAGACCAAUCAGCCUUGCUCCAACAGACGAUUUGCAAACCAUAUUCCAUCUUUUCACUCCAGCGAAUCCUGAGAACUAUACUCUUCUUCAACCAACUGUGGAAUCCAUAGAAAAUUCAUCUUUUGAUCCGAAUCUGGAAACGAAGGUUUUGAUUCAUGGUUAUCGCUCAGAUUUGGAGGAUGAACAGGACGUGAGAUUCCAAAUGAAAGAUGAAAUUUUGAAAGAAGGCCCUUAUAACGUCAUUGUUGUGAACUGGACGUACAAUAAUGGCCCUCCUUAUCUUCAGGCGGUAGCAAACGCAAGAGCUGUCGCUUUGCAAGUAGCGAAUUUGCUGAACGGGAUCAUAGAAGCCAUGGAUAUCAACGCAGAAAGUAUUCACAUUAUAGGACACAGCUUAGGUGGACAAAUGGCUGGCUGGAUUGGAGAAAGGGUACAUAAAUUAGGGCGAAUCACAGGACUUGACCCAGCUGGACCCUAUUUCCAAGGUGCUCCGAAAGAAGUUCGUCUUGACACCUCUGAUGCACAUUUUGUUGAUGUCAUUCAUACAGACGGAGGAGAAAAUUUUGUUACAGGCCUAGGAAUAAGUGAACCCAUAGGCCAUAUGGAUUUUUAUCCAAAUGGUGGAAGAACUCAACCUGCCUGUGAAAGUGAAAGUAGUUUAGUUGUUGGAAGAUUUGUUAAUGAAGCCUCAAAGAAGAUUUUGAAUUCCUGUUCUCACAACAUGGUAAACAAGUACUUCCUGGAAUCCAUAAACAGAAAAAGCUGCCGCUUUUAUGCCGUUCAUUGCACCAGUUACGAUAGUUACCGACUAGGCGAAUGUACACCAGCGAAUGUUGAAGUGGCAGAAAUGGGUUUCCAUGCCAAGAAGAUUCCAAAGUUGCCAGUGAGAUCAAAAUUCUUCUUGAAAACCAAUAGCACUUCACCAUAUUGCAUUGACGAAUUUUCAGAAUCUUGUGUUGUGAAAAUUUGUUUUGCCCUCAAAAUGCGGCAUCUUUUCAUGCUGGUACCUCUGUUCUUUUGCUUCGCCGAUGCAAAGCUGGAAGGAAAAGAAGAAAUUUCUUCACAUGCACAAGCUAUAAGCGAACCACUAAAUGGGCUUUUCCAGACAAAAUGUAUUGAAAACCUUGACUGCUUUUACACAGGUCCACCUUUCUAUCACCCAUUAUAUCGCCCGAUAAGUUUUGCACCAACUUCCAAUUUGGGUACAAAGUUCCUACUUUAUACUCCUUUUAAUACUACAGAUCCUGAAAUGGUGCAACUAACUGAAGAUUCAGUUCGAAAUUCAACAUUUGAUUCUCAACUGUCUACUAAGAUUCUGAUACACGGAUACACCGUUGAACUUAAAGAGAAUGACAUCAGAUUCGCGAUGAAGGACGAACUGUUGAAGGAAGGAUUAUACAAUGUCAUUAUCGUCAACUGGAGUGAUUCCAAUCAAUUCCCUUACCCCCAAGCAGUGGCAAAUGCUAGAGCUGUUGGCGCACAAGUAGCGAAACUUAUAAAAAUAUUUAUGAGUGAAAAGGGUAUCAGUCCUCAAAGUGUCCAUGUUAUUGGACACAGUCUGGGCGGUCAAAUGGCUGGUUGGGUUGGUGAAAGAGUUCCAGGAUUAGGAAGAAUUACAGGUUUGGAUCCAGCAGGUCCUUAUUUUCAAGAAGCUGAAAACGAGGUUCGACUAGAUAGUACUGAUGCUAAUUUCGUCGAUGUCAUUCACUCAAAUGCAGCCAACAUUUUUAUAGGCGGCUUGGGUCUUCAGACUCCAAUGGGUCACAUGGAUUUUUAUCCAAACGGUGGAAAUAAACAGCCAGGGUGCAAUUCAAGGGAUCAAAUCAGAACAGCUGAUGAAAUAACAAGUUUCGAUCAAUUAAUUGCUAACUCUUGUGACCAUGGAAGAGCCAAUGCCUAUUUUCUGAAUUCUAUCAACAAUUGUCGAUUUAUUGCAGUACAGUGCAGCAGUUACGAGAGCUUUGAAAAUGGUAACUGUACAAAAGAGACUUCUGUAGUCGCUGAAAUGGGAUUUCAUGCGCAAAAACUUCCAAGUCUGAAUGAGCAAACAAAGUUUUUCCUCAAGACAACAGAUGCAUCUCCUUUCUGUAUUGAAGACUGAAACCUAACUCUCUGAAACUUAUACAACUGUCUAGAUGUAUGGUACGCAUCUAAACAGUUAUUCAUGCUGCACAUCUAAACAGAGCAUCAUUGAAAAAUAUGAAGGGGAACUGUUAUCAUAACCGAUUUGAAAGUACUAAUUCUAAAUGAAGUUUUAUAUUUAAAAAAUGUGCAAUGAGUAAUUAGUAACAAACCUUUCCAUUUACUAAAAGAAUUUUAAAUACCAUUUCUUUUAUAGUUUAGUAAUCAUUCUUUUAUUUAAUGCUAAAAAGAGCUCCUCUUUUCAAUUAAUUUGAGCUGAAUUUAGUAAUUACUUAUCAUUGUAAAACCAAAACCAUUAAAUGUAACCUCAAAUUAAUUUAAUUCAUACUUUUUAACUUUCAGCUAUAUGGCAUGUUUUAUGUAAGCAUUGAAAUAUAUCAAACACAGUGAUUUACCUUCAGUACUUGCAUAACAGAAAAUUAAAUUAUUAAAGCUUCCAAAUUCUGCAUUGUUUGUACGCGAAUAAAAGAAUGAUUACUAUGCAAUAAUGUGUUGUUAAUUCUUAAAUAAAUUUUUAUCUGUUUUAUUCAUUUUAACAAACUAAUUCAGUAAGUUUUAUUCCAUUAAUUAUCUGAUUUACUAAACCCAAAAUUUUAAGUUUCCACAAAUUUGAAAUGAAAUGUUUUAUCCUAAGUUCAGAUUUCAGGUGUAAAGGGGUUGCUAGAUGCAACAACAUUUUUUAAUUUCAAAGUAUUUUUUAACUUAAAUUCUCGUUAUUUAAAAUGACGCAUUAAUUUUUUACAGUUAAAUUUUCUUGAUUCUUAAUAUAUUUUGCCCUAACGAAUGCAAUGAUAACUUUUUUCUUUACUAAUGUUAUAAAAUACUUCUGAGCUUGAAAAUCUACAAAGUAAAUGCAAAUAUCUUAGAAGUAAAUUCAGUUAUUCAUGUGUAAAUGUUAUGAUGGAUUUAUUAUAUAUUGUAAUUAAUUACCUUACUUUUAUUUGUUAAAAUAAAAAUCA